GUGGUCAUGUUGUGUUUUAGGUGACGCGCUGGCGCAGGUUGCAGGGUGUCCGUGGAGAAUGCGAGAUAGUGGCGGUAGCCUGACCCAGAACCGCUGGCAGGGAGAUCUGGGUCUGACCGCUGUCGGCCAGGACGAUACCGGAGGAGGUGGCAUCCCAGGAGACCACCUCAUCGUCCCAGUUUCGGACCACAGCAUUCCCAAUCCGAUGCACCUCCGGCUGGGCCAGAAGGAAAAGGUGUGGCGGGGAGAGUUUGUUGAGGAGGAGGAGGGGGAAGAGGAGGAAGAAGAAGAGGCGAAAGAGGAGAGGAUCGGCUGGCUCGAGGCUAUAGGUGUCGAUGAAGACCACCCCAAACUGAACGUAGGCAGGGCCAUUGAGUUUGAGGGGGAUUGUUGGGAAGAUAACGUGGCGGAAGAAGAAGAGUAUGACGGAGAGCAGGCGGCUGUUGCUGAAUCGAACUUCCCAGACUUUCCCUCCCAGUCCACCCAAUACCCGAACUUUGCACCGUCACAGACGCAAGAUGAUGACACCCUGCUUGUGGAUGAGGCAUUUUCCCAGGAUAGGACAGGAGGACGCCACUUCCAGUCCCGCCACAAUGGCUUCGGCACUAUGAGGCGCUCCCGCCACCGUUUAAGACUUCAUGGCGGCAUUGGGUUCCGGCUCAGCCAGAACUGGAAGAACUGGCGGCAGCGGGCCCAGUGGGCGCACUUUCUGGGUCUGCGAUGGAGCCUCAAACGGAAGUACAAUUUUUACGGAAAACACAGAAGGGUAAAACAGUACCGGGUAUCUCCUGACACAGACUAUGAAGACAACUGCAAGGUUUCUGACGCAAGGUUCACACAGGCGGGCAGAGACAAACCAAGAGGCGGAAUUUCUCCCAACAGACAAGGGGACAGAGGCAGACUGGAACUCGAGGACAAACCAGCGGAGCCUGCGCUUUCUGGAGAACAAAUGAGCUGUGUAACUGGUAUUCUUGAAGAAUCGCUGCAGAAGUAUGGCAGUUUGAUACCGAUCCACGUCGAAGACAUUGCGGAGAGGCUUCAAGACAUCUUUGACGAUAACUUUUCCCAACCGCACAGGAAAGCAGUGGUCCAACACUUAAUACAAUCCUUCCAGCGUUCCUCCGGAUCCACUCUGGCCAAAACGUUCCGAGUCAACUACAAACGCCAUGUUCUGACCAUGGAUGACCUUGGUACUCUGUAUGGGCAAAAUUGGCUCAACGAUCAGAUUAUGAACAUGUAUGGCGACUUGGUCAUGGAUUCGGUUCCAGAAAAGGUUCACUUUUUCAACAGCUUUUUUUACGAUAAGCUAAGGACAAAAGGUUACGACGGAGUCAAGCGGUGGACGAAAAACGUGGAUAUCUUCCAGAAGGAUCUGUUGUUAAUCCCUAUCCACCUGGAAGUGCACUGGUCCCUGGUCAGCGUGGACAUUCCCCGCAAAGCCAUCACCUACUUUGACUCCCAGCGGACCCUCAAUAGACGCUGCCCAAAGCACAUUUUUAAGUAUCUGCAAGCGGAGGCCGUCAAAAAAGACCAACAAGAAUUUUUGAUGGGGUGGAAAGGAUUUUUCAAAAUGAACGUGGGCCGUCAGAACAAUGACAGCGAUUGUGGGGCGUUUGUGUUGCAGGUAAGUUUGGCAAAUGCUUUAACAACCGGCAAAAGGAGCGAUCGCAUUACCGGGUAAUUAUGACUUGUCUGUGACCAUG